AUGGGGUCGUGGGUUUCAACAAUGGAGCACACCACCAAAUGCUCAACAAUGGGGCACACCACCAAAUGCUCAACAAUGGGGCACAACACCAAAUGCUCAACAAUGGGGCACACCACCAAAUUUUCAACAAUGGAGCACACCAACAAAUACUUCACAAUGGGAAGCACAACAAAAUACCCAACAGUGGAGUUCACCGCCAAUGGCUCCACGAUGGGGAACACCUCCAAAUGGUCAACAAUGAGUUCGCCACCGAUUGCUCCACAAUGGGGAUCAUCAUCACAUUCUCAACAGUGGGGUUCGUCGCCAAAUUCUUCACAAUGGAUCCCUCCAAUGAAUAUAUUCAACAUGGAUUCCCAAAGGAAACUCAAUAUGAAACAACAAGAACUUCACCUCAAAGAGUUUCAGCGGAAGUUUUGA